CUGGAAACCUGUCUAGAUCUGGAGAGAUGAAUUUAACAGUGAUGGCCAAGGACAAAGGUUCUCCUCCUUUAAAUGGCACUGCUGUGGUUACUCUGAGUGUGUUUGACAACCGGCCCUUCGUUCCUCGCUUCAACAAAAGUGAGAUCAGCAUUUCUGUUACGGAAAACACUGGAGUGAAUUAUUUAAUUUAUGAUUUUGCUGUGGUGGAAACUUCAGGAGAACCCAUUGAUUACAUGAUUGUAUCUGGCAAUGAAAGAGGUCACUUUAGACUGGAUCCUGAAAGUGGUGAGCUGAGAACAGCAGUUAACUUGGACUAUGAGGAAGUUUCUCAGUAUGUGAUUUUAAUUCAAGCAAACAAAAACAUCUCCUCUGCUGCACAAGUCCAGCGUUCAGGCCUGUUUGCUGACAACGUGGCCAUGCUGACCAUCUCCGUGCAGGAUGAGAACGAAUUCCCCGUGUUUUCCAGCGAUUCCUACUCUGCCCGCAUUCCCAACUCUGUGCCCUACAAAUACCCUGUCAUUACAAUCCAGGCCACAGAUCCAGACUCAGGAGACAAUGGACGACUGCUGUACAGCUUAGUGAGCGCUCACACCAACGAAUUUGACAUCGAUGAAGAGACAGGACAGGUUUUUACAGUUUCUGUAGCAGGAAAAACUGGAACGUUUAACAUGCUAGUCCAAGUUGAAGACCAAGGCACAAGCAAAUACACAGCCUCGACAGCACUCAGUGUAAUUGUUGAUUCCAGUUCCAGUAGCAACAUUGUGAUGCUAGUGCUUAAUCAGAAGAUCAAUGUUGUGGAAAGAAAGAGUGAUAAAGUAAAAAGGGUCCUGGAAGAUAAACUUGGAUGGAAUGUAUAUGUGGUUGAUAUUUAUUCCAAGGAGCUUGAAAGAAAAGCAAGGAGCAGCACUGAUGAAACCCAAGUAAACUUCAUUGCUUUUAAUGAGGACCACCAGGAAGUACCUGCAGAAGAAGUAAAAAGGAGGCUGAGGGAGCAGAAGGGUGCCAUCGAGCUGGAGCUGGAGCGGGUGUUCUCAGCCUCUGUCAGCGCUGCCAUCGGGGAGGCUGCGGCCGCGCCGGCGCCCCCGGAGCUCGUGGCCUCCAUCGUGCUCGGGGUGCUGCUCGCCGCCACCCUCGUGGCCUUCCUGGUCUACGUGCUGCUGGAUCUGAAAAGGAAAAGAAAAUAUAAGAAACAGGAUUUGGUUAAGAAAGUUGAAAUUAUGGAGGGCUUUGAUAACCCAUGGGCAGCUGAUGAAAAUGGAAGUCUGAGCAGCUUAAAGAAACCAGAGCACAUGAAUAAUGGGAGAACUGAGAUGAUGUCAUUUGACAACCUGGAAGGCACCAGAGGGGAUGAUCCUGGAAAAAAUGAAAUUCAGGCCUCUGGAAAAAACAAAUACCUGGAGACAGUGCUGCUGGAUUACAAGGGUGAAAGUGAGCAAAAGGGAGCACCUGAAAAAGCUGCUGAAAGUAGAAAUGUGGACGUCCAGCCCACUGUGGGAUUCACAACAAAACAGGAUUCCUUUCCCACAAACACGAACCAGAAGCCAGCCCUGUCCUUAACACCUCAUCCCACAUUGCCUGCCCCCGAAAAAGAACUGAAAGGAGUAAAAUUUUCAGAGGUGGCAGUGAUUUUGGACGCAGACGAUGGAGACGAUGAAUCUGGAGAUGAUGAAUCUGAGGAUGAUGAAUCUGGCGAUGAUGUAUCACUCUGAUAAGAACACUCGAUGAAGAAAAUAUUUACAAAAAACACAAUGAGACUCAUUGGAACAGCUCAGAAUGAGCACUAAGAAUAUGGGAAUGUUAUCCAGAUUUUAAUUCUGCUGCUGUUGUAAGGGUGGAUAAGGCAGAGAACUAGCAAUAUGCGGGAAGGGCUGCAGUGCUGUGCUGCAGGGCUGCUUCCCCAGCAGCAGCAGCGCUGUCUCACGGCGUAUUUCAUUUAUUUCGGCACGUGUCAAACGGGCAAGACAAUAAACCCGAUUCCAGAGGCGUUGCCUUGUCAUUGCUUCAGACGGAGUAAUUUUG